AUAAGAAGUUUAAAAAAAGAAAAUCACGUUUAAAGUGAUGAGAAUUGAUUGAGUUUAACAAUAAAUCGAAAAAAAUGUCUACACCAACAAAUGGACCAACAUGUUUCAUCGAAUUCGAGAACAAUCCGGAGAAAGUUGUGUACACUGGCACUGUUGCUAUCGGUACAGUGCGAUUGACAUUACCAGAGCCGAUAACUGUUCGUAGUGUUUUUAUUGAAAUAUCAGGUGUUGCGUGUGCGAAAACCACAAAAAGGCGCAGAAAUUACAAAAGCGAUUGGGUCUAUUUGAAUUACAGAGAGAUUUUUAUUGGCGGCGAAACCAUACUUACACCCGGAACCUAUACGUAUGAAUUUGUUUGUAGUUUUUCAUCUGAUCUACCAACAUCAUGCGAAGGAAUUAUUGGGUAUAAAAGAUAUACGGCGACUUUUACACUCAAAAUGCCAACAAAUUCUUACGAUUUCGCAGAACCAUUCACUGUUAUACGGCACAUUGAUCUUAAUACAAUGCCACAUUUGCGAGAACCAAUCUAUAAACUGUAUGAAGAAUUUUCGAUGUAUAAGUCCCUGUUGUGUUGUGUUUCGGAAUAUAUGAAAUUCGCUGUUCAUAUUCCAGUCGGCGGAUAUGUUCCCGGGCAGAAUAUUAACAUUCAAAUCAAUGUGUACAAAUCAGCCGAUCAUGUUAUACACGAAUUUACAGCUGAACUUUUCAAAGAAAUCAACUACAGCAUGACAUCCACCAGUUCAAUAUUACCGAACAAGAGUCGUUUCAGUGAAUCCUUCACUUUAGGGAGGGCAGACGUGAAUGCAUCAGAAAUAUUGGCAGAAGGAACUGUUUUCUUAAAUAUUCCAGUGCCAGCUGUACCACCGACAGACCUUCAUUGUGACGCCGUUAUAAAAGAUCAAUACAUGCUUUGCAUUUCGGCAAUAAGCUACAAAACACAUCAAAUUAAAAUUCCGAUCAUAAUUGGAUCAUAUCCGUUAAGAGAUGAUCCGAUACCAAGUGCUUCAUCUUUUUCUGACAGUGCAAUACUGUCGAGUGCUCCACCUCUUUUUGAGAAUACUGCCUUAACGCCAAGUGCUCCAUCAUUUCCGGAGAAUUUAUCGGAUGCUCCAAAUUAUGACCCGCCACCAACCUACGAAGAAGCCACCUAUCUGAGCAAUACAAGCAGUAACUCAUUCAAACCAAAGUAUCCGUCAUUUAAACGUAAAACAUCUUAUUCAAAUUGAUUACACUAUAGUUUUGCACGUAAUAAAAAAUUAUUAUGAUAAGUUAAUAAUAAUAAGCAU